AGCGUCAAACCCGGAAACGACAUCACCACAGCUGCGACAGUUAUGUCAAUGGCGACAGGUAGUGACAUGAAAACAACCAGAAGUUUAACUUGAGAUGCCAUCAAGACAACAUUUUGGGGAAUUAAUCACCCUUAAUUAAACUAAUUAUCCGGGAAACGCUGGUUUCGCUCUCCGACGUUAAGUGGACGAUGCACUACCACAGCUGUGUUUUUCUGUUGGGUUUGUAUUCUUUUGGAUGUCUCCAAUGUGUGUCUGCAUGCAAACAAGAGCCGAAGACUCCAGACUGGAGGAUGACUCUGAAAACUAUCCGUAACGGAAUACAUAAGAUUGACACGUACCUGAAUGUAGCACUGGACUUGUUUGGUGGCGAUGACGGGCUGUGCCAUUAUAAGUGUAGUGAUGGUUACAAGCCGGUACAACGUCCUGGAUACAAGCACCCACCACCCAACGGAUGUGGCUCGCCGCUGUUUGGAUUUCAGUUUGACAUAGGCAUCCCGUCCAUGACCAAAUGUUGUAACCAGCAUGACCGCUGCUAUGACACCUGCGGCCGUGAGAAGCACGAGUGCGAUGAUCAGUUCCAGGACUGUCUCGAGACCAUCUGUAGGAAUGUGCAAAGGACUCUGGGAUUGGCCCAGAGUGUCCAAGCUUGUGAGUCAGCAGUCACUCUGCUGUUUGACGCCGUUAUGCACUUGGGAUGUAAGCCAUACCUGGACAGCCAGAGGCAGUCUUGUGUGUGUCAGUAUGAAGUGAAGAGGGAACUGUGACACCGCCACAGGAGCAAGGCUGUAGACUGAUUCAGAAGCACAACACCGACAGAAGGAUGCCAGCAAUAAACUUUUCUCUCCGACUUGUAGAUUUUCUCAAAGACAGAGCUGCACUGACUUGUGUCCAUCACCUCCCUUUAUUGGAGUUUUGAAAUGUAGACAUACAGUAUAUUAGACAAAGUGAAUGUGAAAAUACCUAGUGGACAGUUAAUAUCUUUCCUAUGCAGUUAAUUUUUUAUAUUUUGUUAAUACUGUGUGAUGUGUUUGUCCUGUGAUGGACUGGAAAACAGGGUGUUCAGGGUUUCCCAGGCUGUUGGAUGCUUGGGUAGCACUUUAUUUUAUGGGUUUGUAAAUUCCUAAUAAUUCCCUAAGAAGUUUCGUGGUAAUGAUUAUGGGUAAAACAAAGACAAUGUAAAUGGAGCUGUUCUCUCUGGAAACCAGCCACAGCUUUUAAACUCAGCACAACAAACUAAACUGACUAAGAUCUUUUUUAUUUUUUUUAUUUUUCCUGUAAUUACAACCACAUUUAUAUAGUUCUUUCCAGGAAACCUUCAAUAAAUUAUUAGGAAAAAAUGGACCGUAAAAUAAAACAUUACCUCCCAUAACCCUAUUAGGAACAUGUGAUGAAUAAGUAAGACAAUGGCUGUUUCUACAGCAUAUUAAACAAUUGUGGUUUUACCUUUUUUAAAUUUGUAAAGUAAUUGUAAAAUAUCACAUGACAGGGAAUGCAACUUUUGCACUCCACUGAUGCCAACGUAAUGACACGGUGGAGAAAACCUGUGUUAAACUGUCAUAAAAAUAAAGAAACAUGCUUUUAUUGAUCA